AUGUGCGCAGGGCUGGUGUUAGAGGGCAAGCCACUGCCCACGUCGCCACCUCCAUAUGACGUUAAGGUCGACUCCAAUGAGCCCGACGGUGCAGAACCCAUGGUCAUGGGAGCGUCGAAGCGCAAGCCGCCGAAGAAGACCAAGACGCGCAAUGCUGCAGCAUCCAGCUCCAAGGUCAAGGGUGGCGAGGAGGUCGAGGCGACAAAGCAGAAGGCGACCGCCAUGCCCUAUGAAGCCAAUGCUGAAGGCGAGGCCUCGGUGGAGAAAUCGUCGAAGUCCAAGUGCGCCACCGAGUCCGCCACCGCCACUGGAGCUGUGGCUCUGUCCAACUCUGGCGAGGUCGCCAACUCUGGCGAGGUCACCAACUCUGGUGAGGUCUCCAAGUCUGGUGCACCUGCCAAGUCUGGUGCAGUCGCCAAACCUGGCAAAGGUAAGAAGUCAGGACCCAAGCCAAAGCUGGUGAGGAGCCAAAACUCAGGUGUGCAAGAUGGUGGUGAGGUCACCAGGACCUCAGUACGUGAGGCGGAUGAGGUCCCGCCUGCCAAGUCUGUUGCGAAGGAGGGUGGGCAGAUGACAAGGGUGGCAAUGGGAGGUUGCUCAGGCCCAAUGGUGCUCGUGAUCACCAGGAAGGCCAAGGUGAAUGCUCGGAAGGCAGCAGCCAAGGCGCCUCUGGUGGAAGGCGAUGGUAUGGAGGAAGCCGCCAGGCUGGCAAUGGAGGCGGUGCAGGCUAGGGCCUUCCAAACAGGGCCAGCUGCUCCGCUGCAAGCUAGCAGCAGCAAGCGCAUGCUGACACCAGUCGCCGACAAACCAGAGGAUGUGCCAGAGUUUCGGGCAGAGGUGGCGGAGGAUCAGCGCACGUCCUUGGAGUGGCCACACGAUGAUCGGCAGCAUUCACUGCUGACACGCCACGAGAUGAGUGCAGGAGCUGCCGAGGUGGCACAGGAGGUGACACCCUCCCUGGAGGUAUCCAAGGCGUCGAAGGGAGUGAAGUCCUCCGCAUCAGCGAAGGCGGGACACGUCGAUGGAGGGCGAAGGCCAGCAAAGAAGGGCACCACACUGGACCACAAGGCAGUGAAGAAGGAGGCAGAGGCGAAAAGGGACACGAAGGCGAAUCGUCUCAGAGCAGUGCCUCCAACCAGCAAGGCACCCCACUUGCGCGAUGUCCAGUGA